UUUUUGUCUUUUUGUUGGUUUCUGUCCUGGAAGAAGUCUGUCGGUGUCAGCCAUGUUUAAACAUGUUUCCAUACGUCACUGUCUCAUCCCGCUGUUUUUAGUCCCAGACCAAAACAAGGCAGCAGCAGCAGAUGAAACUGGUCUAGAUGGAAAUGACUUGUUCAAAACUGGGAACUACAGCACACAUUCCUGCUGAGGACAAGACAGGGACCUGUUGAGGACACAUAUGAGGACAAAGACGCUCAGAUAGAGAUGCUUCUGUUCCUGUCCCUCCUGAUCACCUGUGUGCCACUAGGGGGCAACACCCAGCCAAUCAGCUGCUACAAUGACAAAGGAGAUGCAGUUGAUUGGUUCUACAUGUACAAGCUGCCUAAAGAACACGGCAGAAAGGCUCCUUAUCUGGGUGAAUUCUAUUUACUGCUGGAAAAAGGGAGCGACGGAUGGACUAAUGGGAAGGGGACAGUGAACGACACCACGGGAGCUCUGGGCAGGACAGUCGGACAGCUGUACUCACAAGGAAAGAACACAGAAGUAGCGUACAUCCUUUACAAUGACCAGCAGCCAGAAGACUUUGGUGACAGAUGGGCUGACAACAGUGGAAACAGAGGGGGGCACACAAAAGGUGUCGUCCUGCUGGAUAAAAAUCAAGGCUUCUGGUUGGUCCACAGCACCCCUCACUUCCCCCCGGUACAAAAAGCAGGGCAGUACUAUUACCCCAGCACCGGUGUGACCAACGGACAAAACUUUAUCUGCGUUACCUACCCGAUCGACCGCUUCCAGACCAUCGGAGAGCAGCUUCAGAUCAAUCAGCCUAAUGUGUACGACUGCGACGCCCCGGAGUCCUUGGCGUCCCUGGUGCCGGCGCUGGCCGCCGUCUGUAAGAAAAAACAUCUGUCCGGUCACAUCUCUCAUAUCAAACCUGUCUCCAAUCGCAGCGUGACUCUGACCUCAAAGGAUGGCACCGACUUCAUCAGCUUUGCCAAAGGAGCAUCUUUUAAAAAUGACUUGUACCACUCCUGGGUGGCCCCCACCCUCAAGUCAGACCUCCUGGUCCAGUUCUGGAUUCGCUCCACAGGCGUCCUGCCCUCCGACUGUUCGCUGGGCUGGAAGGUCCUGGACAUCACACUCAUCAACCCUGGGCAAACGUUCACCUUCAAGACCAGCCAGGACCACUCCAAGUGGGCCGUCAGCCCAAAGGCGUCCGUGUCAGGGGCCAGCGGUGGCUGGGUGUGCGUGGGAGACAUAAACCGGAACGAGGCGGAGGAGAAGCGCGGCGGUGGUACGGUGUGUCUGCAGGAUCCGGUGGUGUGGAAGGCUUACCGGACGGCGGCGCUGGAGUGUCAGGCUUGUGGAGGAGGAACAGGCCAGUGUUGAUACCUCCCCCAACUGGGCAUGCAGAGUUUUGAGGAAAAUAUUUGCACAUAUUUGCUACAAUGAUUCUAAGUCUGAUGUAAUCAGAUUGAAAUGACCUAUGUUCAUAAUGAUCUUUUCUACAAUCGUACACUUUUGUAAUUGUUCUGAGAGGACGGUGGGGCUAAAACAGAAAUAGAGAAAUAUCUCGAGUGAACUGAUCAAACGUUGGUGUCUUCAUGUAGAACCCAUUUGCUCACAGUGAGAAGCUGUUUGAGAAAAUGUGUUUUUUUUUGUGGGGGGGGCCUUUGAGGCACAAAAACCAUUUUACUUGCUCUGAAUUAUUAUCGUCUGUUAUCGAGGGCUGUUACAUCUUCCUCUUCAAACUAAAUGCAUGCAGAACAGAGCUGGAGGAGCAGCGAGUAGUCAAAUCUGACAGCGAGCGGAGGGUAUUACGGGAAAUAUGGUGUUCAUUUUGAAAAAACACAAAAGCCUCAGAGUGCCUCUUUUAAAUGAGAACAUUUGCGUAAGAGUCUUUAUAACCACUGGGUACUGUUUUAACUGAAACGGGUGGUGUGAUUGUGCAAAAACUGUAUUAAGUGCCCGCCUCGCCAACUCUGACUUUUUGUGUUUGAAUCAACAUUAGAUGGUUUGUGGGUAUGUUCUCAGGGAGUGAGUCAAGCUGGUAUGAACAAUGUGGGAUUAUUUGCACUGCACACACACACACACAUUUCACUGACGAUAUUAAAACUACAGACACCAUUCAGAUUUGAGGAAUGCUUUAAUACUUUGUGUUUGUUGUUAACUGGGUUUGAGUUUCUAUGAAUUUAAAAUGUGCUUUUCUGACACAUCCAGAGCUCUUUUUUUUUUAUUAUGUGCCUUUUGAUUUUUUAUAGCUGUAUCACAUUUCCACAUACAAACAUUCAUUCUGACCUUGACUCUGCUUGAAGAUAAAGAUGCUGGCAAUCUGAAUAAAAAGACUAAAACAGA